UUCCGGGGCACGGAGCAGAUUAAAAACGAAAGUAAAACAUGGGUAAUUUUGCUGUAGAUGUGACACCCAAAAUACCCUUACCAAGGUGUCCCGCUACAAUUACUAUGGUACAGAUGUAGAGCUCAAGGUGUGGAGAAAGAUCAAUCUACUACAGGUGUAGAACCACAGGACAGACGUAUAUGUAGAGUAUAUUGCACGUACUCAGAAUGGAACAACCAGGAAGUGAACUAGUCCUGGUCAAGAACAUAUCCCCACAUUCUUCUGAUGAUAGUUUGCUGCUGUAUCUAGAAAAUGUAACAGGAGAGGAUGUGAAGAAAGUCUUUUAUGGGCAAUGCAGAACCAUAGCUGUGGCUCUGUUUGAAGACAAGAUUAAAGAAUUUUCCAAAGCUGUUGUCAAGGCCAAAAACAAGGCACUCGAGGGGCACAUUCUUGAAUUAAGUCUCAUGUCCUGCUGUGAUAAAAUCAUCAUCAAAGACCUUCCGAAGGAUGGGGUGUCAGCUGACUACCUGGAACUUUACUUUGAGAGCAAGGCUGCUGGAGGUUGGGAGGUGAAGAAAUGCACUUUUGAAAAUGAAAAGAAAAGAGCUGUGGUGGAAUUUGAGGAUCCAUCAGCUGUUCCAGCAAUUUUAUCUAGAGAACAUGAAAAACUAGGCACGAGUGUCCAAUUAAUGCCUUAUGUGGAGGAAUUUAUGAAAGAUGAUGAAGUUACAGAUCCAGGAUCCAGUCAGGUGACCAAGGGAACAACCCCAACCCGCAUUCCACCCCCCUUACCACCCAAACCUCCAGGGGAAGUUUUAAGGAAGAUAGUACAGCAAAAAGGUGUGAGGGUGCUGCCAUUACAUCAAACAUCACAAGAUGACAACAUGGUGCCAUUCCCCUCAGGGCGACCGCCAACACCCUCUGGUGACAGUUCCAAAGAUCAUUCCUGGCAGUCAACUUCUAUGUAUGAUCUAACAUCGAUUCCCCCAAAAGGCUCACUCCAAAACCCAGCUCCUUUUAUGCAAUUUUCCCCAAAGCCACCUGCUAAUCAAAUAGCAGAUAAGGACAUUAAAGAAGACAAGACAUCAGGAAUGGAAGUGUCGUCUGGUCAAAAUGAACCACCAAAUCAGCAGUCACAAGGGCAACAGCAACCAAAAGAAAAAGAAACCCAGAAAACAAUCAAGAGCACAAAGUCAAAAGUGGAACUCCUGUCAAAAUUAGGGUUCUGGGCAGACACAGUGUCACCCUCCCUUAAGACAGGUUUUAAAGAAGAUGGAAUCAUAGAGUAUCAGGGGACAGAGUCAGCCGUCAGAGACGUGGUUUUGAAAACAUAUGAAAAGUUGCAGGAGGUCUCAGAAAAGAUGGCACCUGUAUCUCUGCCCUUGCAUGACUUGCUUCAAAAGAAAGAAGCUGCAGACAGGAUUAACAAAGCCUUUGAGAAUAAAGCUAUUGAUGUUGUUUGGAAAGUUGGUGGCAGUGUAAUAGCAAUUACUGCACUUGGUGAGAAGAAUGCUGAAGAGGCAGUAUCUGUGCUACUGGCCCUACUGCACAAAGAGCAGUAUGAUGUUGAUCCAGACAGCCAAGGAAUGCUGGCAACAGCCACAUUCCUGAAAGUCAUAGAAGACCUGCAGUGUCGCCACCUAGUGGUUAUUACUGUAGACAGAGCCAUCAUCGUAUUUGAAGGAUUUUUGAAAGAAGUGAAAGAGAGUUUGAAGGCAGUGCAAGACUAUUUUGAAGUGAAUGCCAUUGUGACUGCUGCACUCACUGCUGGCAAAAGAGAACUUAAGUACCUGAGUAUUCCACAGAUCAAGAACAAAAUUAGGGAGACCCUUGAGAUGCUUAACAGCAAAAACCCUGUACUCCGAGUAUCAUUUGACAUCAAACCAGAGGAAGGAGAACUGGUCCUGCGGGGAACUAGAGACCUGGUGAGGCAGGCUAAAGAAACCAUUGACAAAGACUUCAUCAGGACCAUUACCUCAGCAAAGGUGGAUGUCAAUAAGAUUGGUAUGACUGAAUUUUUGCAAGAAACCACUGGGUCAAGUCUCCUGAAGACCAUUGGUUCAGACAACCAGUGCUAUGUGGAGCUAGAAGUCAAGGCCACACAGAGACCGGACUCUGCUGUUUCGGAGCCAACAAGAAUAAAGAAAAAGCCUCAGCCUCCUCAGGCGAAGCCAAGGCAGAAGGCAACUGGACAGCAAAAGGACAUAAUGAGUAUUUCGGCGAAAUUUCUACGCGCACUUUUACAUCAAAGAAGAGUUGAAGUGCCAGCUGAAGCUGAAGCAGAGAAAGAUGAGGUCCCAGAGACAAAACAAGUGAAAACACCACAAGUUAAAAAAGCACCUCUUCACUUGAUGGAAGGUGGCAUAAAGAUUACCCUUGUUCAAGCAGAUAUUACCAAGGACAGAUGGUCUUCGGUACUGGUCAAUGUUGUCACAGAGAAGUUAACUUUACAGUACGGCCUGGCCAAGAUAUUUCUGAAUGCUGCUGGGGAAGAGUUAGAAAAGGCUUUGAGUUCCCAGGCCCCUGGGAAUUUUGGUGAAGUGAAAGUGACUGCAAGGUCUGGCAAGUUACCUGAAAGCUGCAAAGAAGUUUACCACAUGGUUUGCCAGCAGUACAAGCCAGGACAUGAGAAGACUCUCCGUGCCAUGGUGGAAGAAUGCCUCAAGAUGGCUGCCAAGUCAAAGCAUCCAUCCAUCAGUUUCCCAUCUGUAGGAUGUGGUGGCUUGCACUUCCCACCUCCACUUGUCGCCAAAACCAUGUUUGACGUUAUCAUGAAGUUUGCUGGUGGAGAAGGGGCAAAGUCAAGUGUCAAGUAUAUUAAUCUCAUUGUAUGGGAGCCAAGAACUUAUGGGGCGUUCCUGGAAGAGUUAAAGUCAAGACAAGGAGGGGCUGCUGCUUCUAAGGUUGAGGAUGAUGAUGAUGAUGAAGGAGAGAUGGAAAGUGAAAGUGAUUCUGGUAGUGAUGAUGCUGGCCCCCCACCUCAAGCCACUGCUUUGGCUGCAUCCUCAGGGACCCGUGCUUCACCAGUCACGAGCACCAUCUUUAUAUAUGGUACCAAGAAGGGUGUUGCUAUUGUCACCCGCAGAAUUCAAGACCUAUUGAAAAAACACUACAAAGAGGAGCAGAUUACAGAAGAUGUGAUAAGAAGUUUGACAAAGAAAGACCUAGCACCACUGCAAGACAAGGCUAAGGCACUGGGUGUAGGAAUAAGUAUAGACCAGAAAACCACAGUUGUCCUUAUCAAGGGUGAGGCAUCAAAAGUUCACAGCUUCAGGGCAGAUGCCAUGAGCUUCUUUUCCAGUAAAAUAAAAGAAUGCAGUUCUGGGUCCUGGAAACUACAACAAGCCCUACAACAUGGCAGCCGGGCUGAUCAUAUUGCCGCAUUGGCAGAAAGUACCAUAAUAUGUGCACCACAAUAUUGGUCCAAGAAAUACAAGGGAAGUGGCAGUGUCAUCAGUCCAAAAAAAGGUCCAGAAAAUUACCAACUACUCCCAGUGGAUGACAAAAUGCGUCAGGCGAUUACUGAGAUGCUUCAAAAGACAUGGCAGGCACAUUUAGUUGGGCAUGGACGAGACGCCAAGGGACUGGCAGGCUAUCAAAACAUCAAAGUUACUAAAGUUGAAAGAGUGGAGAAUCCACAACAAUAUUUAAAGUAUGGUUUCAUUAAAAAGGAGCAUUGUCAGAAGUACCAGGAUGGGACUUUAAGACCAUUCUACACUGUUGAUUCUAACCUUGCAAAGGUAUUGACCAGCACACUGGGCAUUGGUCAUCUUGACCGGCACCGCUUGGAGGAGAUCAAUGAGUACUAUCUCUUUCAUGGUACCAAAAAGGAGAACAUCAGAAGCAUUUGCAGCACAGGUGUUGACUUCAGAAUUGCCAAUGAGGGUGGGAUGUUUGGACAGGGGAUUUAUACUGCUGAGAGCUCAUCAAAAGCUGACCAGUAUGCAGAUGCAACAGGUGAUAGACAAACCACUGGUCUGAAGAUGUUUGUUUGCCGUGUCCUAUUGGGGGAUGUGUUUUACUGCAGAGAAACCAAGAAAUUCCCACGACCACCCUGCACAGGAGCUGGCUGCAAUGACCCCAAGUGCAGGACACACGAAAAUUUCCACGACUCCGUAAUUGGGGAUGCUCAGAAACUUUUUCGUGAAUUUGUGGUCUAUGACAGGGGCCAGUGCUACCCAGAAUUCCUUGUCACUUAUGACAGAGUGUAGGGGAUCAUUACAGCAGUACCAUGUAUUUUGUGACUUUUGUAAAUUGUCUACAUGAUGAUUGUGAUAAUGAUCUGUGUACCAGUUACUAAGAUAUUAAUUAAAAUUGUGAACUGCCAGAUCCAGGACGUUGUAAGCACAAAGAUGAAAAGUAUUGAAGUAUAAAACAGCAGGCGAGAGCAAUUUCACCAUUAUACAUAAAACAAAAGAGGAGAAAAAAUUGCUUGGAUAUCACUUGUUUUGGUUGCUAUACUGUUUUUAAAGAAGAACGAAGGGGGAAGGUUUGGGGGGGGGAACUUUCCUGCUGUACUUUCCCUUAAUCAUACAAUCAUUCCCUUGAUAAGAUGAUAUGUAUACAAUUCUGAAGACUACUGGAUGAACUCGGGAACCUCUCUUUAAUGAAUUUUCAGGUGUUUAGAUUAGUAAGUCAUUAAUUAAAGGCAGGGCACCCACUGAUUCCUUGAUUGUUCCAAGCCUAGAUUAUAAACAUUGAAAUAAGAAAUGUUUGGUGAUCCAACUAGAUUUACAUAUAUAGAUUUAUAUUUAAAGAAAAAUAUUCAUACCACAUUAAAUGUCAUAUUAUGAGGACCAGGUUUUAAUAUUAUAAAGAUAUUCCUGAAAACCUAAGUUGUUAGCAGCAGCAAUGCUAUGUUGUAUUUACAUUCUUACAAAUGUAAUCUUCCUGAAAUUUUAAUUUUGAUUGCAUAAGACUGAUGAUGUGUUCAACAAUUUCCAACGGCAAAACAUGCUACAAUUUUGGUGGAAGUAGAUUGAUAAAGUGCUAUUACUUGUAUACAAAUAUAUUUGGAAGUACAGAGAAAAAAAUUCUUAAAAGAUAAGAAUUUUUUCUGGUUUAAACAUUAUGAAAUGAUUGGUGCAUGCAAUUUUAAAAAAGAUAAGGUUGUAGUUUCAUUUGAACAGUUAAGU